AAGGUAGAGUUGUCUCGCCUGUCGUUACUAGCGGUCGUUACCGACAUGUCUGACUGGACGGAUAUUCUACCGAAAUACAUUAAGAAAUAAAACGCUCCAACUAUCCACCACCGGUCUUUUUUGGACGGAGAUGGUCUCGCGCGGAAUAACGGAUUUGUGAAGCUAUGGCGCUCGGGCACGGCUCCAAAAAGUCGCGCUCCUGUGAUUUGGAGGUAGCACCAGCUCCUGUGGACCUGCCAUUGGAAUGGGUGGGGCCCGGUAACGAAGCCUCUGUGACGUCCUCUAAGAUGUUGAGACGACCCUGCAGGUGUCUCCUAGUCUUCCUUAUUAUCGUCACCAUCAUCAUCCUCUCGGGAGGAGCAACUCUGGCAUGGUACUUCCUGGAGUACAGGGUGUGGGUACUGGAGCCCAGGGUACAGCAGCAGUAUACUGCUAGACUCUCUAUCCUCAACAGGAACUACUCCUCUGGUCUCUCCUCUCACACCAGCCCAGCCUUCACAGCCCAGGCAAAGGAAGUACAAGAUAUGGUGAGGAGGAUAGUGAAGGGCUCAGACCUAUCUCGCUACUUCAACUCCACCAAAGUCUUUGCUUUUGGGGAGGGAAGUGUGGUGGCACACUUCUGGCUGGUACUGUCAGUCCCCGGCAGCCAUGUUGGUAAGGUAACUAUGGAGCAAGUCAGCAGCUGCCUACAGAGUCUACUAGGUGCCUACAGAGGGAGCGACAGAGAGGAGACUGCUAACUAUGGAGGAUAUCUGUUGCAUCUUCCCUCUUUCUCUAUCACAGAAACAGACUCCAAAGUUGUAGAACUUUUGAAAGCUUCAUUUGACUGCUACAGGUACCAGGUGGUCAGCUCGAGCACAGCGGUUGCUAUGAGGGGACCUAACACCCAGCGCUCGUCCUGCCUUUGGCACCUCAGGGCCCCGCAAGGCUCCAGCACCCAGAGUUUCAGACUGGAGCUGAGGAUGGAGUGGCUGCUACCAGAGUGUAGAGAUAGACUGGCUGUCUAUGAUGGUUUAACGCCUACUGAUACUCACCUCAUCACCUCUCUGUAUGGCUGCAGCAGACAAGAGCGUGUUGUUCAUGUGUUGUCAUCAGGAGAGUGGAUGACAGUGGUCUGGAAACAGGGUCUCUACAACUACAAAGACCCCUUCUCCCUGUCUGCACAGGCCUGGACCACUGAAGUGUGUUCUUCCAACAUAGAGCUGCAGCCAGUAUCAGGGGUACAGGGUAGUCUACGUACCCCCUUCUAUCCCAGCUACUACCCACCAGACACCAACUGUACCUGGACAUUCACUGUGCCCUCUGCAGACUAUGGACUAUCUCUGGACUUUGAAGGUUAUGAGCUGAGCAGGGCCAACUAUAACCAGGCCUGUACACAGGGACAGUGGAUGGUACAAAACCGCAGGUUCUGUGGGACGAGAGGUCUCCAGCCGUAUGCUGAGCGCCUCUACCUCCUCUCCACGGCAACCAGCGUUGUCAUGACGUCCGAGGUGUCAAUCACAGGGCCUGGACUCCAGGUCCACUACAGCCUCUUCAACCAAUCAGAUCCCUGUCCUGGUCAGUUCCUGUGUACUCUAAAUGGUCUGUGUGUUCCAGCCUGUGACGGCAUCAAAGAUUGCCCCAACGGACUGGACGAGAGGAACUGUGUGUGUAUAGCCCAGUACCAGUGUCCAGAGGACAGUCAGUGUGUUGACUACUUCAAGGUGUGUGACCAGCACCCAGACUGCCUUGAGGCCAUGGAUGAAGAGAACUGCACUGAGGGUGUGCAGUGUACAGACAAGACGUAUGUGUGUGCUGACGGGACGUGUCUGAAGAAGCCUAACCCAGAGUGUGACUUCAUCACCGACUGUCCUGAUGCCUCCGAUGAGAGACACUGUGACUGUGGUCUGAGGCAGUUCACCAGUCGCGUUGUGGGAGGAGUCAACGCUACUGAAGGGGAGUGGCCAUGGCAGGUCAGCCUUCAGAUCGGUGGACGUCAUGUCUGUGGGGGGGCUCUGGUCUCCAGCCAAUGGGUGGUCUCCGCUGCCCACUGUUUCUAUGACGACCGUCUCUCUCCCAGAGCGUGGACGGUCUACCUAGGUAAGUUCCUAUUGAACCGCAGCAGUCAGAUGGAGGAUGCCAUUCGGGUGCAACAGAUCCUCCUGCACCAGUACUACGAUGACGAGACACACGAUUAUGACUUGGCUUUGCUGCGACUGGAGAGACCUGCAGCUCCAGGGACCCUGGCCCAGCCCGCCUGCCUGCCAUCACCUACACACCAGCAAGAACCUGAGCUGCUCUGUUGGGUCACGGGCUGGGGGGCGCUACGUGAAGGAGGCACUCCCAGUAACGUGCUGCAGAAGGUGGACGUGCGUCUGGUGAGCGAGGAGGCCUGCUUCCGUUCCUACGGUUACAUGGUCACUCCCAGGAUGUUGUGCGCCGGCUACCGCAGCGGAGAGAAGGAUGCCUGUCAGGGUGACUCGGGCGGUCCGUUGGUCUGCCAGGAGAACUCGGGUCGUUGGUUCCUAGCGGGCGUGGUCAGCUGGGGAAAGGGGUGUGGCCGGGCCGACUACUACGGCGUCUACACCCGCGUCACCAAACUCACCGGCUGGAUCAAAGAACACAUCUCUGGACCUGGCUGACCUUCAUCAUUCUCACCAUCAUCAUCAUCAUCAUCAUCCCAAAACAUUGUUAUCAUGUAGUAAUUGUUGUGAUCUAUUCUCUGUGUCAGUCCUUAGUACAUUUAGUCCAUCAGGGUUUUAACAGUGUCAUUGACCUUCUGGCAGUCUGGCACCAAAGUUCAUCAUCCUAACAAGCAGACUUUCUGGCUCCUCUGGGCAAAUACACACUCUGCAGUAUUGGGCUCUACAUCCAACACUGCCACCUAGUGGAAGCUGUUAGAAUUACAACAUAAUUAAGUACUACCAUACCAACGCAAUUCAAAUCUGGACCUUAAAGUGCAAUCAAUUAUCAGGUAUAACAGAAAACCAGCAGUACUCUGGACCUCGUAGGGUCAGAUUUGAAUGCACCUGCAAUCGGCCUUGAUUCCUUCAUCGAAUGUUUGUCUGUUUAUAUACUGCUGUGGAUUGGAAUAUGGGUUAUGCACAGAUCAUUUCAGUCAGUGCACUACACUUGAAAUGCUGAUUGCUUUCAGUGUAUUUCAUUACAUGAUCUAAGGUUUCUGAUGAAAGCCAUUGAAGGCCGAAACGUCCAUCUUUAAAAUGGUGAGCGUGAGUUGCGCCGUUUCCUUUUCAAUUACAGGAUGUUCCUCAUUGAAAAUUAGAGCUUGUAAACCUUUCAGAACAUGAGGGAAUCCUAACUGGCACCCUAUUCCCUCUGGGCUCUGGUUUAAAGUAGUGCACUAUAUUGGGAAUAGGGCACCAUUUGGAACGACAACCAUGAGGGUGGGAGUCAUCGUGAGGUUUCAUCAAUAAACCAGCAGAACUGAAA